AUGGAUGCCAAUAGAGCAGCUUUCCGAAAAUGGUCGAUUAUCCCCCGCAUGCUCCAAGAUAACACGAUCCGUGAUCUUUCUGUUGAGCUCUUUGGGUCCAAAUAUCCUAGCCUUGUACUGGUUGCUCCGGUGGGCGUGAACAAGAUUUUCCACCACGAGGGAGAAUGUGCAGUCGCACGGGCAGCUGCCAAUUGCUCGGUGCCGUACAUUAUGUCAACUGGGUCCUCGACCACGCCAGAGGAAAUCGCGGAGACAUCGGGAUCGGGGUCCCGCUCGGGGUCCCGCUGGUUCCAGCCUGCCGGAUUUACAACACUCGUGGUCACGCUUAAUCUCUGGGCUCUCAGCUGGCGGCCAAAAGACCUAGAUAACGCAUCCGUUCCUUUUUACCUUGGAAUUGGCGACGCUAUUUGCCUUUCAGAUCCAGUCUUUCAGAAAAAAUGGAAAGACGGCCCAGGCAAGGGAAAAUCUAUCCAGGAUGAUUUCCAGAAUGCCUGUAUGGGAUGGGAAAAGACAGUAUUCUCGGGCCACAGCCACACGUGGGAAGAUAUUAAGUUCUUAAAGGAACAUUGGGAUGGCCCUAUUGUCCUAAAAGGCAUUCAAUCGAUAGAGGAUGCUGAGCUAGCAGUCAAGGCAGGCGUCCAGGCAUUGUCGUUUCUAACCACGGGGGUCGCCA